AUGUGUAGACAAGGGCUACCAAUUACUAUAAAUGGAAUACCAUACGAUGGUAUGCUAUACGAACGAAAACCAAGUGCUAAAGCACUACCAAAACCAUAUGAAAGGGGAGCAAUUGGAAUUGCCGAAGAGGCCGAAAUAGCCGAUAUCAAUGUUUUUACUGAUGGUUCAAGAAUAGAAGAUCGAGUAGGAGCAUCCUACACUGUGUUUACACACGGAACAGAAAUCCAUCAAGGACAAUAUAGACUAGCAGAUCACUGCUCAGUUUUUCAAGCGGAGCUUUUUGCCAUAUUAAUGGCAGUAAAAUGGUGCAUAUCUUCCAGCCUAACUAGCAGUAUUAUAAUACACACUGACAGCAGAGCAGCCAUCCAAGCGAUGCAACAGUAUAUUGACACCAGCCAGCUGUCUAUGGAAAUAAAGACACUUAUAAGGGAAAACAAGAGUAACAUUAAAGUGAGAUGGGUUAAGGCCCAUGUAGGAAUUAUGGGCAAUGAGAGGGCGGAUGCCCUGGCGAAGGGUGCCAUUGAAUUCACAGAGAUUGCGUAUGGGAAAAUCCCAUUGUCUUUCAUCAAAAAGCAACUAAGGCAGCAGACCAUAGAAGAAUGGCAGGAGAGAUGGACGUAUAGUGAGAAAGGUCGUUACACAUACUGGCUGCUACCCAGUAUUGAGGAGAGAAUAAAAGAUCUUAAAUGGCUGCCAGUGGAUUUUCUGAGGACUCAACUCUACUCCAAUCACUGCAACACUAAAGAGUACUUGAAUAGAAUAGGGAAAGAUCAGGAAAGUAUUUGUGAUUGUGAAGAUGACAUAGAGAGCCUUGAACAUCUACUGACAACAUGCAUUAAGUAUGAAAAUGAAAGGAUGCAAUUACACCNCAUGGUGGCCCCUGAUUCUAAGCACUCUAAGGAAAUCUGA